AUGGCCUUUGGUGGCUUGUUUCCGCACUGCUUUCGCUGCUGUUUAUUCAUCUUCCUCCUCAACGUGCAGGUGAUCUACGCCGCCGAUGCAGAUGAAGUCCCUUCGCUGCACAAAUCUUGCCCCGGCAUAGAGGCUUGCCGGGGAGGGGUGGCGAACGGGGAGUGCUGCAAGGUCAUAAACGAUGCAAUCAACACCGGUGGCUGCGCCUGCGUCUGUAGGCAGCUCAAGAAUUUCAACCACAGCAAACUCACCCAAGACUGCAACAGGAGCUGGUGCUUGCGAUGCGGAAUUUGCAGCUGCUCCAGCGGCGUCGACGGGAGCUUCGCCUACUGA